GUUAUCGUGCUUUUUUGGUUCAAGGUUGUGAACUCAUAUCCUGGAGAAUGGCCGACCAGUUAACAGAGGAACAGAUUGCUGAGUUUAAAGAAGCAUUUUCCUUGUUUGAUAAAGAUGGUGAUGGUACAAUCACCACUAAAGAAUUAGGUACAGUCAUGCGCUCUUUGGGGCAGAACCCUACAGAAGCUGAACUGCAAGAUAUGAUCAAUGAAGUAGAUGCUGAUGGUAAUGGUACAAUUGACUUCCCUGAGUUCUUAACAAUGAUGGCCAGAAAGAUGAAGGAUACAGACAGUGAAGAAGAGAUUCGAGAGGCAUUCCGCGUUUUUGACAAAGAUGGAAAUGGAUUCAUAUCUGCUGCUGAACUCCGACAUGUAAUGACCAACUUGGGCGAAAAGUUAACUGAUGAUGAGGUCGAUGAAAUGAUACGCGAAGCUGAUAUAGAUGGUGAUGGUCAAGUAAAUUAUGAAGUGGUCGGAUUCUUGUAGAUUUAGUCGUUUUUACGUCUUAAUGUAGUUAUUUGGUAUUGUUAGUAGUUUGUUUAUGUUUCACGUAUUUCAUAGUUGUUUAUUUAUGUUGUGCAUCAUAUAUAUAUAUUUAUAUACAUAUCUAUAUAUAUUUGUUGUUAAAAUUUUGCAAUUUCAUUGUUGUCUUUUUUACUCUAUACAUCUGCGGUGCGUUUUCAUGUUCACCUCAUCCGACUUAUCUGACGGUAUUCGCAUGUGAUGCCUUUGUCCUAUCUGCUAUCAUCCCAAAAUUUAUCUACUUCUGUGAACUACAUCAACAGAAUUCGUGAAAAUGAUGACAGCGAAAUGAGAAUACUAAAAUAAUACAUCAAAACUAAACAUUCUCAUCACACUUUCAGCUGAAUGCUCAUUUUGAGCAAAAGAAUGUCUGUAAAGCAAUUUUGUGAUUGGCGUGUUGAGUCGCCCAUUGUAUACGCAUGUUUUGUUUACAAACUACGUAACUGAUUAUACUGUUUGAGUUUUUGAUGCUCUGGGCUAUUUUUUGUCUGUUUUCCCCCCAGAAAAUUCAAAAUGUAUGCCCCCACUUAAAACAAUAAAGCCCUUACUGCUC